AUAGAUUCGAAAAACUUCAUAAAUUCUUUCAUGGAGAAAAUAUGGAAGAAUCCCUCAGUUAUGUUGCUUUUACUAGUAUUUUUCAUGCCAUCCAUGGCUAGAAAACUCCUCGACGGUGAGAAGAAGUAUCAAUCCUUACCACAACCACAUUUUCAUGCAACCCAUCAACAUCAUUCUAACCCGACCAUUUUCUUCAUGAAAGACAUACUUUACAAUCCUAAUAACCAUUCACCAAAAUCACAAUCACAAUCAUCAUCGCCAUCAUCAAUGACUACCCAAAUCAAUAACCAUCAAAUUCAUCCACACCAUGAUCCAAUUACGGGUCAUUAUAAACCUCCAAAGGAAACAAAACCAUCACCCAGGUCCAUAUCCGACCCGACGCAUCACUUGAAUUCAGUUCCAGCAGGUCAAUAUCAAACAUUUAAUCCUUCAAUAUCAAAUAUAGGUUUUACAUUUCCCGCCAUGGCAACAUUACAAGGAUUAGAAUCUGGAAAUAUAACUCCCAUUGAUGAACAGUUGAUACUAGGGAGUCUUGAUCCUUUGGUUAUUCAUACUUCUUCGGUGUUCGGAAAAGCUAAAGGCGUGUACGUCAAAAGAAGUAAUUCGUUACCUGUUAAUGAUCGUGCAAAAGGUGAUCAUAUGAUGGCAAUGACUGUGAUAUUGGCUAAUAAUGGCGGGAGACUUAAAGACAGUUUGAGAUUCUUCGGUGUUCAUCGAGUUACUGAUCCUGAAUCUCAUAUUGCUGUUAUUGGAGGGACUGGAAAGUUUCAGGGGGCUAAUGGAUAUGCCUCGGUUAAGAACAUUGCCGUUAAUUCUAAGAAUUUGCUUUUGGUUACAGUUUAUCUUAGUUGAUUGUACAAGGAUAAUUAAGACCUUAUAUCCUGAAAUUUGUAUUUCAUUCGCAAUGUUUUGUAAUCACCACAUGUACUUUCAAACAUUCUGUUACAUCUAAU